UAGCAUAUAAUUGUGCUUUAAAUAUACACAUAAAAAGUAAUUAUUAUUGAUUAUUAUUAAAUAUGUUAAUUAGAAAAAGUGUAUUUAAGGGACCCAUUAUAUAAAAUAACAAUAUUAUAUAAAAAAGAUAUGUAUUAAUUGUGUAUUAAAUUUGACACAAUAAAUCUUUUGUACCAAAUUUGGUAUAUUAUACAAAUUUAGUACACCAUAAAUAUAUAUAGAUAUAUAUCUAUCCCUGGCAGUUUGUGAGGAAAGGUCCACAAUUAUCUCACCCUUUACUUUAUAUAGCUUGUGUAUCUGUAAUCCUUACCAAAAAUAAGAAAAAAUUUAUGUUUAUAUAUAAACCUGUAAAAUCAUGAAACUAUUAACUGUCCAAUAUUAAGGGGUUGGGUUGGCUUGUCCUCCACCUAAUUAUCAUAUAGAGAUUAUCAAAAUGAUUCCUCUAACUUUGAUUUUUGUUCUUCUUAACAUUUUUUAUUCAUCUUCAUUGUUAGCAGGAUCAACACCAGCAAAUGAAUCAUAUUACUUACCAUUCCUUCAAUGUAUGCAAAAUAGCACAAAAAGCAUUAAGGUGAAGGACAUAAUCUAUAACGAAGCCAACCCUUCCUACACCUCUGUUCUCCGAGCCUACAUUAGAAACUCUCGUUUCAACACUUCCUCUACCUUAAAGCCUUCCCUCAUCAUCACCCCCGCCACCGAGUCCGACGUGGCCGCUGCCGUGUUAUGCACCAAAGCCACUAGCCUCCGCCUCAAAACUCGAAGCGGCGGACAUGACUAUGCCGGCGUAUCGUACACCUCUACCGUCCCAUUUGUCAUCCUUGACAUGUUCCAGCUCCGAUCAGUCACCGUGGAUGUUGCUGAUCAAUCGGCUUGGGUUCAGGCCGGCGCUACGCUCGGUGAGCUUUACUACAACAUUUGGAACAAAAGCAAGGUACUUGGCUUCCCGGCCGGAAUAUGCCCGACUGUUGGCGCAGGCGGACACAUCAGUGGUGGAGGUUAUGGUAAUAUGAUUAGAAAAUAUGGCUUGGCUAGUGACUAUGUCAUUGAUGCUAAAAUAGUGGACGCCAAAGGUAACAUUCUUGACAGAAAACAAAUGGGGGAAGAUCUUUUCUGGGCCAUCCGAGGUGGUGGCGGAGCCAGUUUUGGUGUCAUUUUGUCUUACAAGAUCAAGCUCGUUCAGGUUCCGGAAACCGUGACUGUUUUCAACGCUGAAAGGACCUUAGAAAACAAGAAUGAUAGCAUGACUGAUUUCGUUGUCCAAUGGCAAAAGGUUGCCCCAACCACAGAUGAAGGCCUUUUCAUGAGAAUGCUCGUACAACCAUCUACUUCUACUGUCACAAAAGGAGAGAAGACAAUGAAAGUAACCAUCGUUGCCCAAUAUCUCGGCAAUGCUGACACACUCGUUUCUGUUAUGGGAAAAGAGUUUCCACUGUUGGGAUUGAAGAAGGAGGAUUGUAAGGAAUUGAGUUGGAUCAAUUCCGUUCUUUGGUGGCUUAAAUUGAAAAACGACACUGCUACCCCCGAAGUUUUGCUGGAUCGGAAUGUUAACUCGGCGAUUUUCGGCAUAAGAAAGUCGGAUUACGUUCAGAAAGAAAUAUCUGCAACUGUGUUGGAAUCGAUUUGGAAAAAGAUGACUCCAGGCAAAGUAGGACUGGUUUUCAAUCCUUAUGGAGGAAAAAUGAACAAGGUUCCUUCGACGGAGACUCCUUUUCCUCAUCGAGCUGGGAAUCUUUUUAAGGUUCAAUACUCAGUAGGUUGGAAAGAAGACGAGGCUCAAGCCGAGAGCAAAUAUUUGGAAGAGAUAAGGAGUCUUUAUAGUUUUAUGACUCCAUAUGUGUCCCAAAAUCCAAGGUCUGCUUUCUUGAAUUAUAGGGACUUGGACAUUGGUAUCAAUAACUUUGGUAAGAAUAGCUAUGAGGAAGGAAAGGUUUAUGGAGUGAAAUACUUUGGCAACAAUUUUGAUAGGCUGGUGAAGGUGAAGAGUGCAGUUGAUCCAGAGAACUUCUUUAAGAGUGAACAGAGUAUCCCUGUUCUAAUUUCUCCUGCAAAAGCUUAUAGAAAAACUUUACAAUAGAGCAUUAUACUAGUUGGGGAACAAGAUGAAUACCAUAACUUUUGCCCAAUAUUUAGCAUAUCUUAUAUACAUGGGUGAUUAUUUACAUAUGUAACUUUUAUGUUUGGCUAUAAGAGCAUUUCAAUGCAAACAUUAAUAGUUGGCAAAUAUACAUAUCAUUCUAAAAAAUAUACAUAUUUUUUUUUAUUUUUUCUAUCAUUCAAA